AUUGUUAAUUCUUGCAGUCUUUAGCACAAGUGUUAAGAUGUGGACUUUUCAAACUGUUAAAAGCACACGACAGCACAUUAUACUGCAUUAGUACUGCACUUCAAGUGGCAAUUUAAAAGUUGGAGGGCCACGUCUAGCUUUCUUUGGCGGCAAAAAAGUAAAUUUAACCCUAUUUUCUCAAUCCCUCUAUAUCUUCCCUGAAAGGCGGGCUAGGACCGGGGUCACAUGACCACGCCUCCAACUCCGGGCGGAAGAGCACAGUUGAGACAAUGGGAAGCGUCCCGAAGGCGAGUGGGAGAGCGGCCGUGCCCGGCUGAAACAUGGCUGCUGCCGCGGGGAAACCAGCGCCCGAGAGGUUACUCUAGAGCCUGCAGCUUUCGCCCGUUGCCGCCGACUGUCGCCUCCUUACCAUGAAGCCUGUGAGCCGCCGUACUCUGGACUGGAUUUAUUCAGCGUUGCUGCUAGCAGUCGUUUUACUCUCCUGGGGAUACGUCAUCUACGCUUCAACAGUAGUUGCACAGCGACAGCUAAGGAAGAAAUACCCAGACAAAAUCUUCAGGAUGAAUGAAAAUUUGUAACUUCUAGGUUUUUCACCAAAUACAGUUCCCUCAUGUUUAUGUACUUUGUAUACGUAAAAUUUGUAAUACAGAAUUCCCAAAUUUA